AUGUGGCGUCAAGGUGAAGUCCCGCAGGAUUUAAAAGACGCAACAAUCGUGCAUCUCUACAAGCGCAAAGGGAAUCGCCAAGUCUGCGACAAUCACCGCGGCAUCUCCCUGAUGAACAUCGCCGGGAAGAUCUUCGCACGAAUCCUCCUCAACCGCCUCAAUAACCAUCUGGAACAGGGCCUUCUGCCGGAAAGCCAAUGCGGCUUCCGUCGUCAUCGUGGGACCACGGAUAUGAUCUUCGCCGCCCGUCAACUUCAGGAGAAGUGUCAGGAGAUGCGGACUCACCUGUACUCUACCUUCGUGGACCUGACGAAAGCCUUCGAGACGGUAAAUCGUGAAGGACUGUGGAAGAUCAUGCAGAAAUUCGGCUGUCCGGAGCGAUUCACUCAGAUGGUGCGUCAGCUGCACGACGGUAUGAUGGCGCGAGUCACAGACAACGGAGCUGUCUCAGAGGCAUUCGCAGUGACUAACGGAGUGAAGCAGGGCUGUGUACUGGCGCCUACCCUCUUCAGUCUUAUGUUCUCUGCCAUGCUGAUGGACGCCUACCGCGACGAACGCCCCGGGAUCCGCAUCGCCUACAGGACGGACGGUCACCUGCUGAAUCAACUGCGGAUGCACUUCUAA